CUGCACUAUGGCAGACAGACAAUUUCAGGCUGUGUGUGAGACUCCGAGACGAUAACCAAACUUGUUGUCAAGUUCUUUUUAUCUUGGAGCUUUUUAGUAAUAGUGUAGAGAUUACAGCUGUUCCCUGACUUCAGGAUUAUAAUACCCAUCUUGCAGCAUGUGUACGGGAAAAUGUGCGCUUUGCGUCGGGACAAGUCUGUACCCGUUGGCAGUCAUAUCCAUAAUAUGUAAUAUUAUGCUGUUUUUUCCUGGCUGGGAUAUAAAGUACGCACAGAAUGGACAAAUUACUGAGGAGGUCAAAUACAUGGGAGGACUGAUUGGAGGGGGGAUUCUGGUGCUGAUUCCAGCGUUUCACAUUCACCUGACUGGAAAGCAGGGUUGUUGUGCUAAUCGCUGUGGGAUGUUCCUGUCCAUUUUAUUUGCAGCAGUGGGUGUAGUCGGCGCCCUUUAUAGUUUCAUAGUGGCGCUGAUGGGUCUAAUCAAUGGGCCAUACUGUAAAUAUUACCUUCUUGUUUGGGGGACUCCCUUCAAAGACAAAGACGAGAGUUACCUUAAGGACCGUGGCACGUGGGGAACUUGCACAGAGCCAAAGAAUGUGGUGGAGUUUAAUGUAGGUCUGUUCUCAACACUGCUGGUGACCAGCGCCCUGCAGCUCAUCCUCUGUGCCAUACAGAUGAUCAACGGCCUCUUCGGUUGCCUCUGUGGAACCUGCAAAGAGAAAGGGCCGCUGUAAACCCUGACUGCUCCAGGUGCCAGGGAGGUCAUAUCCCUCAUCUCUACCAUCCAGCGUCCUUAACCAGCGCCCUCUUGUGGAAGAUGCUAUCUGAACAUUUUAAUGAAGGUUUAUUUGUACUUUUUUUGUGUACACUUAAUCUUCUUGUCACCUAUGGAUGUUUAUUGGUUACGUUUUGGCUUAAUACAGUCUUUUUUAGUAAUGGCUUAUGUAUAAUGACUUAAAGUGUGAAUAAUAUUUUAAAGGAAAAUGGCUUUAAUUAAUGGCAUAACACUUGUUUUGUAUCUGUUUUUAUAGCUUAGAAAUUAAAUAAAAAUACUAAAAUAUAAAUAAAAUCCAAACUGUUACACAGUGUG